AUGAUGGUCACAGCAGGAAGUCCUUGGGGCUGGUUCCUGGGGUACCUCCUCCUUGGGGUCACAGGGUCCCUCGCCUGGAGUGGCGGCAGCCACAUCAUAAACGGCGAGGACUGCAUCCCUCACUCGCAGCCCUGGCAGGCGGCACUGUUCAAGGAAGAUGAGUUUUUCUGCUCGGGAGUCCUCGUGCAUCCCCAGUGGGUGCUGUCAGCCGCGCACUGUUUACAGAACUCCUACACCGUGGGUCUGGGUCUGCACAGUCUUGAGGCCAACCAAGAACCAGGCAGCCGAAUGAUGGAGGUCCUCCUCUCCAUCCAGCACCCCCAGUACAACAAUCCCUUCUUCGCCAACGACCUCAUGCUCAUAAAGUUGAAGGAGUCCGUGUCUGAGUCGGACACCAUUCGGAAGAUCAGCAUCACUUCCCAAUGCCCAACACCUGGGGAUUCCUGCCUUGUCUCUGGCUGGGGUCUGCUGGAGAAUGGCAGGCUGCCCACGCUGCUCCAGUGCACGAACGUCUCGGUGGUGUCCGAGAAGGUCUGCAGUGAGAUCUACACCUCCCUGUACCACCACAGCAUGUUCUGCGCAGGCGGAGGACAGGACCGGAGGGACUCCUGCAACGGUGACUCUGGGGGCCCCCUGGUCUGCAACAGGUCUCUGCAGGGCCUCGUGUCUUUGGGACAAGCCAAGUGUGGCCAGCCUGGCAUGCCAAGUGUCUACACCAACCUCUGCAAGUUCACUGACUGGAUACAGAAAACCAUCCAGGCUAUUUAG